CAAACUAUCAAUUCUUACCUUUUUCACUUUGUUGUUUAUAAUGAAGAGUUUUCUGGGCCAUGCUCUAAGUAUUUUAAUGAAAGAUUCCAUGUGCUGUUUUUAGGUUUUUGACUGUACUCAAAAAUUGAUUCACUGGGAUUUACAAAAUUUCAGAAUAGGCGAGGAAUCGACAUUCUUGGAACCGGUGCUUGUGAUAAAGAAUUAUGGAUGAUGUAUUUGCCAAAGAUGACAGAGUAGCCAAAGAGGGUAAUUAUGAACAGGAGAUGGAUGAGUUAGCUGAGGAGGGUGUGAAUGAAGAGGAGAUGGACGAUGGGCUACCACAGCUAACAUUUGAUAAUGUUUGUGUGAAUGUGAGAAUCAUGACUGAUGACGAAGAUGAUGAAUUACAAGCUGCGAGAACAAAUGUCAGAAAAUCAAAAAUGGGAUGGAUGGAGAAAUCUGAUAAUAGAGAUGGAGAUGCGAAUGAGGGACAUACUAAUCCAUAUGAAACUGACAUAUUGGAUGAAGAAAAUCCUGAAGUGGAUGAAGAUGACAGAGUUAACUCAGGCAGUGAAGAAGAAGAUGAUUCUAAUGAUAGUGUCUAUUACGACAGCGAUGAUUUGGGCAGCUUUUAUAGUGAAAGCGAUGAAGAAUAUAAGGGUGAUGCAAUGAGGAGGCCUAGCAAUCGGUUUUGGUACGAUCCUAAUACCCAAGUUCCUAUUUUUGGAGUUGAAAUGAUAUUUAAAAACAUUGAAGAAUGUCGACAUGCGCUUUCUAAGUAUGCUACUGUAAAGAAGUUGGCUGUUCAUUUUGUAAAAAAUGACAAGUCAAGGGUGAGAGCAGAAUGUGCAGUUGGUUGUCCGUGGAAGUUCCUUGCAUCCAAAGAUGGAAAAGAGGAAAAUUUAAUUGUGAAGACUUAUAAGGGGCAUCAUCACUGCCACAUUGUCAAUCAAAAUCGUAUGGCCACAAGCAAGUUUUUGGCCAAACAUUUGUUGACAAGAUUAGUGUCCCAACCUAAUAUGAAGCAGAAAGAUAUCAAGACUUUGUGUCGGGUUGAUUUAAAACUAAAUGUGAGCUUGACUAUGUGUAAAAAUAUUAAGAAGAGGGUGUUUAAAGACCUUCAAACAUUAUACACCAAUGAGUACUCGAGGCUCCAUAAUUAUGUUGAGGAGUUGAAGAAUAGCAAUCCUGGCACUACAUGCAUUGUGACGGCUUCAAGAGAGACUGGUGUUGGCUUGAAUCAUUUUGUGAGGUUUUAUGUUUGCUUUGAUGCUUGUAAGAAGGGUUGGCUUGGUGGAUGUAGAAAAAUCAUUGGUUUAGACGGGUGUUUCCUUAAGGGUCUGUGCAAAGGCCAACUUCUAUGUGCGGUAGGGAGAGAUGGGAACAACCAGAUAUUCCCUUUAGCAUGGGCAGUCGUAUCAGUAGAGAACAAGUUUAAUUGGGGUUGGUUUUUGAAAUGUUUGAAAUAUGACUUGCCUUUAGGUGACGGCAAAGGAUACACUAUCAUCUCAGACAUGCAAAAGGGGCUUGAGAUUGCAAUUGAGGAACAGCUUCCUGAAAUAGAGCAUCGCAUGUGUGCUAGACAUGUGUAUGCUUCCUGGGCUAAAAAAUGGAAAGGAGAAGAGAGAAAAAUAGAAUUUUGGAAAUGCGCAAAGUCUACAUAUGUCGAAGAGUUGAGGAAAAAUCUUAAGUUGCUAGAGCUAAUGGGGGAUGAAAUUGUUCAAGACUUUCUGGACUAUGAUAUUGAGAAGUUUUGCAAGCCUUACUUCAGAUGCGAUAUCAAAUGCGAUGUCAUCGAUAACAAUCUAUCAGAGACUUUCAAUGGUUGGAUUCUUGAGGCUCGAUGUAAGCCCAUUAUUAGUAUGUUGGAGGAUAUUAGGGUUCAAGUCAUGACAAGGUUGCACGUGAAAAGGCGAAUGUGCACCACAUGGAUUAACGAUGUAGCACCUAGGGCAAUGCAGAAGUUGGAGAAGAAUAAGAACUUAUCUCACAUAUGGUGA